AUGUCUAACCUGGAGGCCGUGAUCACUGGAAACGAAAGCACUCGAAUCGUUCCCUUGCUCAGAUAUUUAGGAAACCUAUUAGGAAUCGACGACUAUUCGAAGAACAAGGCUUCCUUCUGGCUUCUAGAUUCUCUGGCGCUACAAACGUUGAAGUAUAAGAAAGAUCUAAACAAUUAUUACAUGGGCGUUUUGGUCAACUGGUUGACCGGAACGAUUCGAUUGCUUCGAGACAGGAGAUACACUCGCGAGGAAUUUUUCAAAGAGUUGAAGGACAUCUUCACCGUAGCAGCUACGAAAAUAUCUGAGAAGGACCAAUUACCGUAUUGGGAGGAAAUAGUAUCGGAACACAACGCAGAGGAAGAAAUGGAGGCAAAGAAGUAUCCGUCUGAGAGGAGUUUACAGGAAUCUGUACUUCCGGAUGGUAUCGGCCCACUCGCCGCGUUGAACAUCGUGAUUGAAUCUAUUUACGACAUGUACGCUAAUGAGUUACGGUAUGCGCUCAUUUACGCGGUUUUCGUGGAACCGAUUGAGCUACAUGGCUACAAUCUACCGUUCUUCUUGCGCACGCCGCGUCAGACAAAGUUGGCGAAUCCCAAGUGGAUGCCGUUCGACAUGCAAUUGCAUAAAAGUUUGCUAAGAAUUGAAAAGAUGGAGAAAUCUAACAAAUCCAACGACAGAGGUAGGAAGGCGAAGGCGGACGUACCUAUAUAUACACCUCCACCGUCUUUGCACGAGGAUAAGGAAUUGAUACGGAAGAGGGAAUUCAUUCUGCCGCUGAUAGAGGCGAACGAAGCGAUGAACGUGGUCGAGUUUUGACUGUUUCAAAAAUAUUUUCUUUAU